GCCGCGCGCGGCAAGAUGGCGGCGGCGGGUCCGGCCUCCAGCGCCGGGCGGCUCCCGGCUCGUUCCCGGCCCGGCCUCGCUCGGUUCCGGGGCUGCUUGGCCGGGGCGUUGUUGGGGGAUUGCCUGGGAGCUGUUUUCGAAGGCAGGAGCGUCGUGAAGCUGCCGGAGCUGUUGAGUUUCCUCAAAGGGCUGGAACCCGCGCCGCCUGAGGAGGGAGGGGAGGCGGCGGGGAGCGCACGUGGAGAGUCGCUGCCCUACACGGACGACACGGCCAUGAGCAGGUCGGUGGUGCAGUCGCUGCUGGCCAAGCAGGAGUUCGAUGAGGUUGACAUGGCCAAGAGGUUUGCUGAGGAGUACAAGAAGGAGCCCAACAGGGGCUACGGGAUGGCCGUGGUCAAUGUCUUCAAGAAGCUCCUGAGCCCCAAGUGCAGCGACGUGUUUGAGCCCGCGAGAGCCCAGUUCAACGGCAAGGGCUCCUACGGGAACGGCGGCGCCAUGAGGGUGGCCGGCAUCCCCCUCGUCUACUCCGACAUCCAGGAUGUCAAGAAGUUUGCGAAGCUGAGCGCGGAGCUGACCCACGCCAACUCCCUGGGCUACAAUGGGGCCAUCCUGCAGGCCCUGGCCGUGCACCUGGCGUUGCAGGAAGGGCUCAGCAGGGAAACCUUCCUGGAGCAGCUCAUCAGCCACAUGGAGCACGUGGAGGCAGAUGACAAGUCUCUCAGUGAUGCCCGAGUGCUGGGAUUUGAGGAUUUACCCUUUUCCAGGCGUCUCAAGAAAAUCAAGGAAUUUUUGGAGCUCAGCAGUGUUCCCAAAGCAGAUGUAUUGUUUGAGUUGGGCAAUGGCAUCGCCGCGCUGCGCUCCGUCCCCACCGCCAUUUACUCCUUCCUGCGCUGCAUGGACGCUGAUCCUGACAUCCCUGAGCACUACAACGCCCUGCAGAGAACCAUCAUCUACUGCAUCUCCCUGGGGGGGGACACGGACACCAUCGCCACCAUGGCGGGGGCCAUCGCCGGCGCCUAUUACGGGGAGGAGCAGGUGCCCCCGAGCUGGGAGCAGAGCUGCGAGGCUUUCCAGGAGACCCAGAGGAUGGCCAAGAGCCUCUAUGAACUCUACUGCCAGCGGCUCUGAGCUCCAGGGCUUUCCUGAAGGCAGAGGGAUGGUCAGCUCUGCUUCCCUGGUCAGACCCAGCGGUGGAUCCGCGCCAGCGAGCCUCACCUGGGAAGGGUGCCUGCUGCUGUCAGCUGGGGGCUGGAGCCAGCCUGGAAAGGAGGGGACAUCCCCUUCAGUCACAGAUCAGCUGGGAACUGGCUGCACUUGGACUGUGGCUGCAGCUCCCCGAG